UCUCCCAAGCCUGCGAGAAAGGCGACGACGACGACGACGAACCCCUACGAACCCACAGACUUGCCACCCUUCCCCCAGCGACGACCGGUCAGCUGACCGAAACAUACCUCAUCGACUCAGACCAUCACAAUCGAAUCGCCGGGUCUCGUCCCCGACAAAAACCCGCCCACGAUGAGACCCUCUCCCAUCCUCCAGGUGCUCAAGUACAAGCAUCUGCGCCUGACAACGAAGGACGUCAAUAAGGGCUUCUACAAGGGAAAUCGCACGGGAGCCAUGGGUCGGCACACAAAGUACGGUGGAUACGUCAUCGAGUGGCACAAGGUGCGGACGUACGUCGUGCCCAAGGGCUUGAAGGACACCAAGCUUACGCCCUUCGUCUCCGAGGCCGUCCGCCCCAUGAAGGGCACUUACCCAACGAAAGAGGGUCCCCGCAGCCCCCAGCUCUACCUCGACACCUGGAAGCAGCAGAACGGUCUCGACUAAGAGGGAUCUGGUGACGAAGGAAACGGUACAGGAAGAGAGCGAAGAGGAUCGCCUCUCAGCGACAAGCAUCAAUUGGAAUUGAACCAAACAUGAUCGGGGGGUAAAUGCGAGCCCCGGAAAGAGUUUACAAGAGCUGUAUAUACCCUCGACACUGUAACAAUAUGUAAAACAUUCACUUAAAACGGGAAGCAUUCAAAAGCAUAUGGUUCUCAAAA